CUUAUUUGUUGGUUGUAGCCCAGUUAACUGGCGCCACGGAGCAGACUUGUGCAAAGCCACCAUUGCACAUUUCUUCUCUUUCCAUCUCCUUCCUCUCUAUCGAAGUACGAUUUUCCCUUAUAUACAAUUUUAUCGUGCGAUAUAACCUUUCCGGACACAGCGAUCGUGUUUCACAGGUAGUACUUGGGGGACUAGAAACGGAAUAGCCCAAGGUAAAACGAUAUUAGCGGAAUUUUCAAUUAUAUCCUAGGUAGUAGCAAUAUGGGCGGGUACGAGAUCUGCUAUGGCGCACUAUACGAUGCAGCUAUAAAGGUGCUGAUUGGCAUGGAGAUGCACCAGGACACUGCUGGAGAAUUCAAAAUAUUCUCCUUACGGCGAAAGUAUCAUUACUAUGUUAUCUGCUCCGAAGCUGGUACCGAGCUUGGUAUCUUAGAUACUCGAACCAGCUGCAGGUUAGAUGCUCUGAAAGACUAUCCAACGGUGCGGUUCGAAGCCGUAGCCCCGGCUCAAGUCUUUACCAAACGCCGACAUAAAGGAAAGUCAGGUUUACGAUCAUUUCCGGUGUCGAUAAAUAUUUUGGGGUUGAAACUGAAUGCAAGUGACGCAGCAUAUCGACUGUCGAAGCUCUCUGCAUUUCUCCAACAUCCUCAGUCAUUGGAUAAAGAAGCGCUAUACGACAAUCCACAGUUUCUAACUUUUCAUGAUGAAAAUUUGAAUAUGAGUACCUUCAUUGGCGUAGGCAACAGCAGUGGGCUAAAUUCAAAAACCAAGAUUUCAGAAGAGAUAAAUAAUAUCUUAGAGUCAUUGACAUAUGUAACCACAGAUGAGGACUCAGAGUCGCCUGUCGGGUUAGUCUCGAAACUGAAAAGUCAUCAAGAGGAUAGCUUACGUUUUAUAUGUCAACGGGAAAAUGAAACAUUUACCCAAGGACUCUCGGCGCGACUAUGUCACGCGGCCUCAAUUGAGAUGAAGGCGUUAUCAUUGACAUCUUUCGGAGGCCUGAUCGCGGAUACGAUGGGACUCGGGAAGACCCUUACCAUGCUUGCGGCUAUAUUGCGUUCUGUCCCAGCCGCGAGACUUUUCAGCAGUUUUUACGAUAGACUUGAAAACGAAUAUACACAAAAGCUUCCCACAAAGGCGACUUUAAUAAUUGUACCAUCUUCUCAACUUCUCGAGAGUUGGCAAUCUGAGAUACAGACUCAUAUUUUCCCAGGGGCUCUUAGCUUCACUUGUUUCCACGGAAAAAAACGGCCUCGGGAUAAUGAGCUUUUGUGUGCAUUUGAUGUGGUAUUGACUACGUAUGCAACACUCGCCGCCGAUUACGCAGAUCGAGGCGUCCUCCACCAAAUGGAGUGGUAUCGUGUGGUACUAGAUGAAGCCCAUUGGAUAAAGAAUUCUAGUACUCGACAAUUUCAGGCGUCAGCAGCACUAUGCACGAAAAGGAGAUGGUGCCUUACAGGCACUCCUAUUCAAAACAAGUUGGAAGAUCUAGCCUCUUUGGCCCAGUUCCUACAACUUCCACAUAUAGCCACUAAAGUAGCAUUCCAAAGGUAUAUUCUAAGUCCGCUCUACGAAGGCGGCGCGGAUUUUGCAAAACCCCUCCGAGCUUAUCUUGAGGCCUACUGUCUUCGCAGAAGCGAGAAGUGUCUAAACUUACCUGCCUCUUCCGAGGUAAACGUAACGCUUAGUCUUUCACCAGAAGAACAGUGGCUUUACACAAGUCUACUAGACGAGACGAGACGACAAAUUGACUCUCUAGUUAGCAAGGGAGUUGAAACUCGGUCCAACAAACUGUUCACGGCUAUGCUAAAGCUACGCAUGCUUUGCAACUCUGGGACAUUCUAUUCGGCCCGUAGUGACACUUCUCUCCUCGAACCGGAACAAUCCUAUCCCGAGACUGAAUGCGAGCACUGUCAACCUUCUAGCGAAGAGGCACGUUUGGUUCAAGACGGCUGUUCGGUAUGCUCGUACUGUGGGAAACCGUUAUACCGCCCCAGUCCAAGUCCUACGCAAGAUUCAGGACGGAUAAGCGACGCGGGAAACUUCAGCAACGGCGCUAACACGCCCACCAGCGAGGGGAUUCAAACCAUAAUAGAGAAAAGGAAUCCCUUCCUAUCAGUAGGUCACUCUACAAAGCUUUCUGCGGUGGUUCAAAAGGUAACAGAAGGUGGGAUGUAUAAUAAGAGUAUUAUAUUUUCCUACUGGACGUCGACUUUAGAUAUCCUACACUGGCUAUUCGAGCAGGCAGGGAUUUCGUGUCGACAAAUAGAUGGUAAAGUAAGCCCGAUAGAAAGAUCUAUACGUCUCAGAGCGUUCAAAGAAGACCCCCAAGUCCAUGUCCUCCUCAUGUCCAUCGGUACUGGUGCAGUCGGGUUGAAUCUCGCCGUUGCCAACCAAGUGCAUAUAGUCGAACCUCAAUGGAACCCUUCGGUGGAAGAACAGGCGAUCGCACGAGCGCUACGUAUGGGUCAGACCAGAGAAGUGACGAUUUUUCGAUACGUCAUGGAGAAAACUGUAGAGCAGAAUAUUGUCAGUCUCCAAAGGAAAAAGAAACAUAUUGCAAAGUUUACUUUCGACUCGGAGACGCAAGAAACCCAAUCAGGAGCACUUGAAGAUCUUAAGUUUGUGUUGGACAUAGAUUCCGACGCUCCUCCGCCUGUACAGGGGGCUGAGAAUGAUAAUUGAUAGUAUUCGCUGGGGCUGUUGACCGCUAUGGUUCGUCGCAAGGAAUUUUGGCUAUUUCAUGUGAAUUAGGCCUCGUUAAGAUAUUUCUUAUCUUUUUCAUGUUUCCGUAUUUCGAGUUUUCUCCAUACUAUCCCUUAAUUUUCAUUGGAAUUUCAGAGAACUGAAACCAGUUGA